AUGUCGGUUACUCAUAUCGUUCUUUUCCAGUUCAAACCCAGUGCCGAUACUGCAACUAUUAACGAUGCCUGCAGUCGCAUGCUCGCGCUGAGAGACAACUGUCUUCAUCCAUCAUCUCAACGGCCUUAUAUCAAAUCAUCAUCUGGUGGGUUGGACAACUCAAUUGAAGGAAUCCAGAGCGGUAUUACACACGCCUUUGUCGUCGAAUUCGCAAACAAGGAAGAUCGAGACUACUACGUUAAGAAUGAUCCUGCGCAUCAAGAAUUUGUUCAGAGCCUAGACGGGAUCAUCGAGAAGGCCCAGGUCAUUGAUUUCACGGACAGGGUGUUUUGA